ACUGCUGCAGAUGGGUGAUUGUUGUUGUUGACAAAUAGACUAAUUGUUUUCUGACAAACACCCAAACACUUUUCAAAAGAAGCAUUCCGUUGGUGUUCAAAAUGAUGCAGCCAUAUCCCGUAUGCCCUUGACGGACAAUGCCCGGAAAAUACAAACUGAGGCUACAAAACCAAAGGGAACUACGUUGAUCAAAGUAUCCAAGGAAAAAUCUUUGAUUGUCAUACAGGAUCCCGUCAUCUUGGAACAGGAAGGAGCAGCAACAGGAUAAUAUGCUGAGUGUUAAGCGUGAUGAACAAUUAUGGGAUCUGACGGACGAUGAGUCUGUGAUGUGUAUCGGAUCGAGUGGCGAGGACAGCUGCACGGAAGUUACCUCUAUCACCAUAGACGCUUUUAAGGAUAAUACAUCCUCGGUGGACCGUGUCUCGUCCCAGAACGUCGCUGCCAAUUGUGACAGCCCCACAAAUGUGAGGAAACCAAUGGAGAAAUAUCUACACGAACGACGACUGAUCAAGGCGGUGAAAAAGCGACGUGUUCUCUAUGACACCCAACAUCCGCGCUUCCACGACAGGGACUUCAAGAACGAAGUGUGGCGCUGCAUUGCCAGACGCCUCUCCAUGGAUAUGAAUACCUGCGUUGAUAUUUGGACCGAGCUGCGCUUCGAAUUCCAGUGCCACAAGCGUGAAAUUUUAAACUACAAGCAGAAAAUUGCGAGGCAUCGUCCGGCCGGUCGCCGUCCUUUUAUGGUGCUCGAGGAGGAGAUGUGCUUCAUGUAUCCGCAUGUGGCCAGUUAUCCGCUGCUGCGGGAGAAGAAUCCAGCGGAGUCAGUCAAUGCUCCAGAGCCAACUCCAGAGGAUGAUGUGGUGCUGGUGAAUGCCGCACAGCCAAUGGCCAUUAUCGAUUUGGAUCUGGACAAUGACACUUUCAGGAUCACGCCCGUAAAACGUCGUCUAAUCGAAGCCGUACGCUACUAUCCCCAAUUGUAUAAUGCAUCGAAUAUCAGCUACAACGAUUACCGCCAUCGCGGCCUCAUCUGGGCCGCCAUAUCCAACGAGCUGGGGGAUAAGGCCACCAAGCUAAUGAAAAGCUGGAUAAUUCUGCUGACUCGUUACGAGUGGGAGGUUAGCCGGGGCCCCGACGAGUCGUCGGAGCUUAUGAAAUUGAUGGUAUUCCUGAUACCGCACAUCCCGCACAUGAAGGAGUCUGUAUAUAAGACCUCCAAGUACCUGACAGCUGCCUGGCACUAUCCCAUCGAGCAUUUUCGCAGCGUUGGGAGGCUGAUAAAAUUGAUGAAGGGCAAUACGGAGCUGGUCCAGCUCACCGAGGAGUAUCUGCACAUCAAGAACAAGCCACUAGCGUAUCACAAUCUUUGGCAGAAGGUCGCCGCUCAGGCGAUGAGCACACCCGAAAGCUGUGAGGUUACCUGGUUGGUGUUGCGCUCCUUUCACAGAGAGCUUGUGGAGAUGCGUUUGGCCAGCUAUAAGCUGAAUGACAAGUGGUUCUUCGAGAACACCAUCAACGAGAUAUACAAGACGAUCGUUGAUCGCACCGUAAAUCGUGAGGGCAAUAGGCCAGACGAGCAUCGAACACCGAUGGUCAGAGUGGCCCUGCUGGAUACCAGGACGGAGGAGUUGCUAAAAACAGCAAAGAUUGCACCACGCAAGUCACUGGCUUUUGUUUAUCCUUCUGCUCCCACCACAACCAGUAGCAGCAGCACUUCCACCAUCACCAACGCCACAUCAGUGUCAAGCAGCAGCAGCAGCACCACCACCACCAUAACUUCCACUGCCACCACAGUGCCUAGCACAGUAAGCUCAUCGCCCUGCUCCACAAUCAUGAAGACAGAUGGCUUGAAGUUCAUGAAUACCUUGAGUAUGGCAGGGCGAAACAGCACCUUGGUGAUGUCCGCAAAUACUGCGCCCGGUGUGCUGAAUGGUAAGCCGGUGCCCAAAGUGUUUGUGGUUCGUCGCAGUGGGCCGUUGCCAGUUCAAGCACCCGCUCAUGAGAUACGAUCCUUGAUGACGAUGCAAACAGCGUCUUUGGGAUCCCCUGCGACGCCCGUUAGCGUGGCAAUAAAUCGGGCUAGUGUGCUGGAUACACCUACAACGCCAUUGACUGCCACAUCAAAGGCAGAGACAUCCAUGACAGUUCCCAGUGGAGCCUUGAAGCGAAAGCGAUCGUCGAUCACUGUCAAUGGGGAAGGCACUGGUAGCAGUGAAACGGGAAAGGAAACUGAAAUUGAAUCGAAUGAUCAAAAAUUGCCAGCAAUAGCCAACACCUGCCUGCAAAUGCAAAUCAUAAGCAAAAUUAAAGUUGAACUUUUGGCGGAUGGGAAUUUUUUGCGUAUCCAUGGCGGUGCCCUGAUCACAGACUACACCUUGCAAAGGGAACGUGUGGGCAUGCUGAUACGCGAGGUGAUGAACAUACCGAUUCUACACAACAGCAAUCCAAAGCUGGCGAGCAAGAAAUCCGAAUUGUGGGGCAAUGUGGCAAGGAAAUUUCACAUGCCAGCUGAUGCCUGUCGCGCCACAUGGAAAUUCUUGAGUGAAAACAUCAGCCUGUUUCCGGCGAUUGCGCCAAUGCCAUAUCUGAUGGGUCUCCACAAAGGCUGUGCCAAGAAUUGGGAGAAAUCCGAAUUGUUUUUCAACCUCUUCGAAGAGGUUGCCGCCAAGAAACAAUGGAUUAAAAUCCGGGAUCAGCUGCCUCUGCUCAUGAUGCACUUUCGCAUGUACGAGCAUUUGUACAGCGACAUGCGUAGGCCGCGACCCGGCGAGAUCUUAGGAGCGCCACCCAGCUACACCCAGGAGCAGAGCGAUGAUGUUUGGCGAGUGGCCAAAGCAAAGUUUCCCGAUAUCAAUCAUAUGAAAGUAUGGUCCACAUUUAAAUUGGCUUUUCGCACAUAUAUGGAUGAUCUGGAGUUGGGCAUUGAGAAUCCCUGGCCUAGCCUAUGGUGGCGGACUUUCGAUCAGCUUAGAUUCCUUGUGAAUGUUCGCUAUCAUCCGCUGGAACCAUACUACUAUAUAGUCCACACAAAGAUCAGGGCGGAGGUGAAGCGUUGCAGUAUCUAUGAAAAAAUGAUGACAGCGCGCCAACCCGAUCUCAGUCCAAAGUCAAGGGCGUUGGGCAGUCAGGUGCGCAUCGACUGGGAACCAUUGCCCUGGGAGACCGAGGAGGCCAGGCGUCUGCUGACGGGCAAACUAAGAGCGGACACAGUCAGUCGGCCAUACGUUAAGGCUCCACCACCAGCUACAGCAACAGCAACAGCUGCGUCUCCUGCUAAAGUUGUGUGCUCUGCUCCUGCUGCCGCUCCUGCUAAAGUUGCGUCUCCUGCUCUAGCUGCGUCUCCUGAGGCUUAUACAUGUGCUCCGGUUGCGUCUCCUGCUCCGUCUGCUCCGGGUCAACUGAGAGUCGACACAGUCAGCCCGUACGUUGAGGCUCCACCACCAGCCACAGCAACAGCAACAGCUUCGUCUCUUCCUAAAGCUGUGGGUUCUGCUCCACCUGCAUUCCCUGCUAAACCUGCGCCCCCUGCAUGUGCUCCGAUAGCGUGUCCUGCUCCUGCUCCAUCUGGGUCUCCAGCUACUGCUCCCGCUCCGGCUACAUCCUUAAGCCUAGCUCAGUCUCUUGUUCUUCCUCGUCCGCUUGUUUUGGUGUCCAAGGAAUACAAAGGCGGGACUAUGCCUGAUGUAAAAUGUAAUGGCCAACCGUUGCAGACAUCUCCAAUAUUGCAAUGUGCAACACCGCGACUUUUGCCGAAUUUACCAGCCUUUGAGAUGACCACCACGCUGAAGAAAUAUCCCAAUACCUUCAGGCAAGCCACCACCCAUGAGAAGCGCACCGCCUGGGUGCAGACUGCCACAGAAUUAAAUACCUCAGUGACUAGUUGCCGCAUGAGCAUGCAGCAUGCGCUACGCGAAUCGCGCAUCCUGAAAAUCGCCGAUCCAACGAACCAAUGCCAGUUGGGGCAAAGCUAUUAUCGUCCCAUAAAUGAUAUCUACAGCGAGGUGAAGCCUGAGGCACAACCUGUCAGGGACAGUCAGCUGUUAGUGCGUACACCAGAACAGCUCAACCAGACACAGAUCGAAGGAGCGUUAGAAACGAGACGCUUUAUGCCUGAAAUCUCCAUGAGCAAUUCGCAUCCACGGCUGGUGCUCAAGAACUGGUCCCAUGCGCUUGCCGCUUUCAGCCCCGAAAGCCAGCAAAAGCUGUUCGGAAAGCUGACCAAUGUGUUUGCCAAACAUGCGCUGGCAUCGAGCGAGUCGAUAGCCAAAAACGAAGUCAUCGGAGGCUCACACACAAAUCACAUACAUUUUAAUUUGUAAUUUAUUAAUAGGAGAGUCAUAAUUAUGUACAUGGCUCAUGCCAUUCUAAAUUAUACUUAUAAAUUAUAUCUUUACUCUUGGCUUAAGUAUAAUAUGUAUCCAGAGUCGGGCACACCUUUGGUUUAUAAAGUCUUUUUAUGUACAUAUGUACAUUCAA